AUGACACACUCCACGGGCAACGCCGCGCUCCUGCUCGUACUGUGCCUGCAGCACUCCUUUCCCGAGCCCGGCAGGGUGUACCUCGACCUCAUUUUGGCCGUCCUGGCCCUGGAACUCGUCUGUUCCCUCACCUGUCUGCUCAUUUACACAGUGAAAAUCCGAAAAUUUAACAAAGCCAAACCACAGCCCGACGUGCUUGAAGAAGAAAAAACCUGUGCUUACCCCAGCAGUGUUACCUCGGAGACUGGAUUCAGGUAA